GUGAUGCCUUAAGACUGCCUAUCAAUUCGCCUACUAAAGUAGGUAAGAGGUGGUAGGUAGGUAGGUGGUUUGGUAUUCAAACAUCUUACCCGCCAACCCCGCCAUCACUAAAACACCAUCACUAUCACCCCCUGCUAUUGUAACACGAGUCACCAUGUCUACUCCCGAAAACUUGUCCAUCCCCCAAGCCGACCUGGUCAGCAGAAAAUCUCACGUGCUGCCUGGACAAUUAUGUGUCACGGAGCUCUUCUUCAAAGUACCUCUGGACUACACGGACAUCCAGGGCCCUUCCAUCACACUAUUUGCACGUGCUGUCAAGAAACACGAUGUUCCCAUAUUCCCACCUGAUGAUGAAGAGUCGGAGAACAGUCCAAAAGACGAAUUUGGCGAGCCCCCAAAACCAUAUAUGGUCUAUCUUGAGGGAGGACCGGGCUUUGGCAACCGUGAACCGCAGGAUCAUCCCCUCACCCGCCACGCUCUUGCAAAGGGAUACCAGCUUCUCUUACUUGAUCAUCGCGGCGUUGGCCUAAGUACACCAGUUGGUGCUGAUAUGCUAAGCCUUGUAUCUGAAGACGUUGAAGGGCGCACUCGGUACCUCGGCCUCAUGCGCCAGGACAACACAGUCCGGGACUGCGAAGCUGUAAGGAAGUAUCUUACCGCCUCGUGGCCCGCUGCCAAACAACCAUGGUCCAUCUUUGGCCAGUCGUACGGAGGUUUCAUCGCACUAUCCUAUUUAUCCAUGCAUCCAGAAGGUCUUCGGGAAGUCUUUCUCACUGGCGGUCUAGCCCCUGUGGGUAAGAAGCCUGACCAAGUAUAUGAAGCAACAUUCCAACGGGUCAUAGAACGCAACGAGCAGUACUAUGAAAAAUUCCCAGAGGACGUCGAAAACGUCCGUCAAGUGGCUAAAUUCAUAGAGAGUAAAGGUGGCAGUAUUCCGUUGCCAUCUGGCGGUGUCCUCACCGUUCCUCGUCUCUUGACUAUCGGCAUUUCCUUUGGAAGCCAUGGUGGCUUCGACCAGGUUCACUCUACGAUCCUGACAUUAAAAACAUCCCUCGAUCAGUUCGGAUUUUUCAACAGAGCAUCCCUAGUGCCGCUUGAAGGCUGGAACCCAUUUGAUACCAACAUCAUAUACGCCAUCCUUCACGAGGCCAUAUAUUGCGACGGCCCUGGUUUAGCCUCCGCCUGGUCAGCCAAUCGCAUUGGCAAAGAACUCAAGCCCUUCUCCUGGCUGAAUGACAACUACUCAACGGAAUCUACCAGCGGAUGCCUCUACUUCUCUGGAGAAAUGAUAUUCCCAUUUCACUUCGAAACUUACCCAGAGCUCCAGAUACUUCGCCAGGAGGCUAAGUUAUUGGCCAGUCGUGAUAACUGGCCUGCUCUUUACGAUCAGGAGAAGCUGCGUAAGAAUAAGGUUCCUGUAUAUGCUGCUUCGUUCGUUGAGGAUAUGUACGUCGACUAUAACUUUGCCAGAGACACAGCCAAGCUUGUCAAGGGUACAAAGACUUUUGAGACGAAUGUCAUGUACCACUCGGCAUUAAGAGCGAAAUCGGACGAGGUUCUGCAGCAACUGUUUAGCCUGAGAGACGAUGUUAUUGACUAGAUUUGGGUGUCUUGCAAAACUGGCAUACCUGCAGAAGUUAAAUUCACCAAGAAGAAUAACUUUACUCGCACAUAAGAUAGUAAAGAUGAGAUGGAUAUGAAAGCUGGUACCUACUAUAUUUAAGUAGAAAAUAAAACUUCCAGUGGCUAUAUUAAUAGUGUACCGAUCCGGCCUCCAGUCUGUAGACAAAACAGCAAAGAACAACGACCACAAAC